AUGGUCAUGCUGAAGUUGCUAGCCGUGAACGGCCACUCGAAGUCGGACGUUAUCGCCAUCGACUCGUCGGCCACCGGGGCGGAGCUUCUAGCCGCCAUCUGGGACAAGUUCGGCUGGACGUUUAAGGCGGCGACCUUCCAGAACGAGGGGCGCGCGCGGGGCAAGCCGCUGCCUCUGGACUUGCCGCUGGGCGACACCCUCAAGGACGGCGCCACGGUCACGGCCCAGAGAAACAGGGGCGCCAGGCCGACGACCGCGGCCGCCGCGCCGGCGCGGCGGGCGGCGGCGACGGCAGCGGCGCCGAGGAGCGCGGCCGGGUCGCCGCGCUCGCGCACGCGCUCCUCGAGAAGCUCGGGCGGUUCGGAGAGCUCGGAGAGCUCCGACAACGAGUCCGCGAGCGCGGAACCCGACGCGCCGCCGCGCGCAGCCGCGGCGGCGCCGGAAGCGGCUCCGGCGCGGGCGGCGGCGGCGAGCUCGGCGGCGGCGCCGGGGGUCGCGGGGAGCUCGCCGCGCGGCGCGGAGGCGGACAGGUUGCGGAAGGAGCUAGCACAGGCGCGCCAGGAAGCCGCCGCCGCGGCGACGGCGCUGGGCGAGCGCGACGCAGAGCUCGCGACGGCGCGCGCGGAGCUGGCGCAGGCGCGCCAGGAGGCGCUCGACGCAGAGGCGGCCAAGGAGAGGCUGGAGACCAGGUCAGUCCAUCGGGUGACGGCCGCUAAGCGCGCUCGCGGGGGGAAGUUCAGACUUCUCCGCGCGAGGGCGCCGGGUCGCACCGAGAACCGCACUUGUUCUGCAAGGUGCGCGGGCCUGACGACGGAGGGCCACCGCCUGACGCGCGAAACGUCAGAGCUCCAGGCGCAGGUGAACUACUGGGCCACGAUGUACCACGGCGGCCAGCACGUCGACGGCGUGGAUUACCCGGGCAAGAAGGAGUUGGCUUUGCAGGGGCAGGUGGCGCUCCACCAGAAGAACUCGGCGCCGGGGAGUGCGCGCGCAAUCGCCCGCGCACCAGGGGAGAGCCCCGCGCAGCUCCUCGAACGCCUGGGCACGGUGCGUUCCGAAGUGCGCGCGCAGGGCUCUCCGAGUGCGACGGGCUGGCGUUUGCGGGCACGGUCCCCGCAGGAGCUCCACGAGAAGAACGCGAGGCUGUUGCAAGAGAACCACGAGCUGAAGCUGAAGGCGCAGGCCUGCUACAGUUGCUCGGGGCGCAGGGAGCAAGACCAGGCCCGCGGCAAAGGCGGCGGCGGCAAGGGGCAGGGCAAGCCGCGCCACGGGCCAGGGGGCGCGGGCGGGGCGCCGGGCGGCGCCGCCCAGGGCGCUGGCGGGAAGGCUGGCGGCAACGCGCAGGCCGCGAGCACGGCGCCGGGAAAGGCCGCGCCGGGCCAAGCCAGCGGCAAGGGGCCAGGCAAGCGCGGCAGCGCGGCUGAGAGCGCGGGCGGCGCGCCCAGCAACGGCUUUUAG